GACUCAGGCGAUGGUCUCUCCAUGCCAGACACUGCCGCACGCGCGCCCCGAUGUGUACGCAGCACGGAGCUGAAGGGAGGUCGUUCUAAGAUGAAGCCCGAUGGGACCAUGAUAUGCAGAGUUACCAUUCUGACUUACGCUUCUGUUUCAAACAUUCUAGCUGUUGCCACUAACGUGAUUCCAUGGACCAGACCGAGCUCGCAAUAUUCAAAAUGGAGGACUGAAACAUGGCCGGAUAUUCCCGCAGCAUCCCUCAUGUUUCAACCAGGGAUUAUCUCAAGACUGCAAGUUGAACCUUGCAACUGCAUUGAGGCGACGCAGUGUCCUGAGUUCCUUGAAACACUGGCCCACCAUCCAGAAGAGGCUGAGGAGUUGAGACAAGUCACCUGUGGGUUCAAAGGAUUCUGUCCCCUCGUGUGUUGUAACCAAUUAUCCAAGAGGCGCCACGUAGAUGCAGGCUAUUUCCCAACGUCUGGGACUUCCCCUCAACAAAACUGCAAACCUUUAACUACAGUAGAGUCCCGGAUAAGCUUAAGUUCAACCCCUUCUCAUACGCCUGGAGUGUAUUACAGCAUAACAACAGUCAGGAAUUCGAACUCUGAAUCCAGACGCAAACACUACGAAGGAACGGGAUUACCUAACAACGACGACAAAAACAGGUUUUAUCAAGACACCCAAUUCAGUCCGCAUGAGAAUAACAUCGUAACGCCAGGUUCCUCAGUACAAAAUAUCGGAAAUAGUGACUCUGAACCAAAUUUCAUAUCUAACGUGCCUGUAGCACAAGAUUAUUCCAUAAGAACGCAAAAUGUUUUGACUUACGCUACUGAAAAUAGUCAAAGUUAUCAAAACACUCCAACCAAAUUAUAUCCACAGUUUAGUCACUCUACAUCUAAACCAAGUUAUCCGCACAGAUCCCCCCCUCCGGGUUACUGGAACACAGAAACAUCUCGUGAUUCUUCUGUACCUGGUCGACAUGGGUACAGCGCCGAAGAACAUCGCUCAACACAUGAGACUGGGAUGCAUUCAAACUACAACCCGACUGAAGCAGUACAAGGCAAUCUCAAUCAGCACAAACAUCCAUCACGUUAUGUCCCUAACGAUUACCCAAAUCGCCCUGUUUACCAACGACCAGAUCCCAGCGAAAACCAGCCAACAAUUCCGAACUACGGACACGAUCCCAGGGAGGAUUCCUUUAAUGGGCCAGAUUUUCAUGUGCAGUCUUCUGCCGAAGCAAAUGACGACGGGCCUGAACUGCAGCUUCAUCCCCAUAAUUACCACAAUAAUGACCAACAUCCUCAGGAAGAGGGCCUUGCAGUUCAGUCUCCGGUGUUUUACCCAAACGAGGCAGGAAAUACUUCCACACAUUUUGAGGAGAGCGGCCGAGAUUCUGCCGGAGCAGAGUGGAAACGGAAGCUGCUGCCAACAGAAGAAUGUGGCAUGUCGCUAGGUGAGCGCAUCGUCGGCGGGAAGAACGCCGCGCUUGGACAAUACCCCUGGAUAGCUCGAAUCGGAUAUACACGUUCCGGCUCUGGCACCUUGCUUUACCGCUGCGGAGGAUCUCUAAUCAACAAUCGUUACGUCAUCACUGCUGCACACUGUGUUGUCAACCUCCCAGGGGACCUCCAACUGGCCUCGGUUCGUCUGGGAGAGCUGGACGAGAGGACCGAUCCCGACUGCGAUAGGUCCGAAUGCGCUGACGCAGUCCAAGACUUCAGUCCAACUGUUGUAAAAGUGCAUAAGGGCUACGAUAAUCCCAAAUUCAGAAAUGACUUGGCCCUUAUUCGUCUUGAUAGACCAGUUGACAUCACAGCCUACGUCAGCCCGAUAUGCCUGCCGUUCGGAAACCUCAGGAACAAGACGUACAUCGGUCUGAAGUCCCUGGUUGCAGGAUGGGGAGCCACAGACUUGGGAGCCACCAGUUCCAACCCCGUCUUGCAGUGGGUGGCAGUGACCAUUGUGCCAUCCGCCGGCUGCUCCAAGACGUUCGCCGAACGGACGGGCACCCAAUUGGGACCGGGCCAGAUAUGUGCAGGGGGCCAGAAAGGACGCGACUCUUGUGAGGGAGACAGCGGAGGGCCCCUAAUGCGAGCGGAAGAUGAGUUCCAGCGGUACUUCCUGUUGGGGGUGGUUUCCUUUGGGGCCCGGCGCUGUGGCUCGGAGAAUCUUCCCGGUGUCUACACAGAAACACCAACCUAUCUGGACUGGAUACUGGAUAGCAUAGAGCCAUAGCGUUACCAGCAGCUCAAAGAAUGAAAAUCCUGCUAGGAGGGUGAAACACUGGAGCCCUGAGUUGGUAUCACUCGAGGACAGUCUGGGGUUUAUUCUCAUGCAUUAUGUAUCCCAGAUUGUGUAGGUACACGCCUUCUUAUGGGCUCAUCCCCAUCAAAGGUGUCUUACCAUACUUUUAAGUGACUUUCAGAAUUAAUUCUGAUUUGCAGCAAACCAUACGACCUUUCACAUAACAGUAUAAUUGGUAGUAGUACUAGCGCUUUCAUGCAGCAAAUAGACCCAGAGUAACACCGACAGAGAAUAACAUUUUCUCAGUACUCAAAGGGUUGAGAAGUUUCUAUGUUCUGAACCCAGCACGCGUCAAAUAGUCGAAGAUCCUUAUAGGUCAACAUUUUGAAAUACGUUCUACAUAAUUUUGCCCUCUCAAGACAAAUUUCUGCUUGGUUAUUGCUAUCCCGCAGGACUUGCCUGAUUUUGAUGAAAUCAUUUAUCGUUAACCUUCUCCAAAAUUUAAACUGGAGAAAACUGCAUAGUGAGGAGGUUCAUAGCUUAUACUCUUCGCCAAUUAUAAUUAGAAUAAUGAAGUCAAGGAGGAUGAGAUGGGCAGUGCAUGUAAAACCCAUAGGAGAGAAGACGACUGCAUAUAGGAUAUUGGUGGGAAAGCAAGACGGAAAGAGAAGACUAAGAAGACCUAGACGUA